AAUGAAUUUGUGCUGCCAGAAACGGUUCCAGUGUUUAUUAAAAUGACACUUGCGCGUUUAGUUAAAGAAAUAAACUAUAGUUACUAUACAACAUGAAUAUCUCACCUACAUCUAAAAGAGCAGUGCAGUGUCUGACCCCGCCAUACAGCCCUCACUGUGAUGAACUGCAGGGGGCAGCAGAGACUACUUCUGUCAGUCCCAUACAGGAGCCCAAAUCUCAAGCGAUCAGUGUUAUCCGUCACACUUCAGAUGCACUGUCGCUUUCAAACGAUUUCAGACACAAUCCUUCUAGUGCCACCCACUGUCAGACCGAUGGCCCAGCUGGCAGAGACUCAAAACCCAUAAACCUUCAGCCUCUCAGUUCUGAUCCACUGAGCUUGCCGGUUCCUCCGCCUAGCCCUCCUGGAAUGGUGUCUGGUUAUCCUUCUGAAAGCGUGCCAUCGGUUUCAGUAUUCCAGAUGCUUCCACUAACACCUGGCUCAGUGAUCUCCAUACCUCCUCUGUCCUUUGCACAUUCAGCAAACGUUGUUCAACCAUCGGUGGUGCUUGUAGCAGCUCAGAUGCCCAACAGUUCAGUCAUAGUGAUUCUGCCCGAACCAUCAGCUCCGAAACAAACAUUUGCAGUGCCUUCAUGUGGUUUGAAGUUUACUGCAAUCGCUCCCGCUCCAGGCCUCAGCUUACCCAUGAACAGGACCGUCUCUGAAGCGGUCCGAGUACGUGACUAUGUCUGCACACACCUCGACUGCGGAAAAAGAUACUUCAAAAGUUCCCACCUGAAAGCACACCUGAGGACUCAUACAGGUGAAAAGCCUUUCAGGUGUUUCUGGGAGGGUUGUUUAAGGCGUUUCGCCAGAUCAGAUGAACUGUCUCGCCAUCGACGCACACACACAGGAGAGAAGCGUUUCUAUUGCCCGGUUUGCCACAGCCGCUUCAUGCGUAGCGACCACCUGGCAAAACACGCUCGUCGCCAUCUUACCUCCAAGAGAACUCCAGUGUGGCUGAAGGAGUUCAACCAGCUUCAAAGCAUCAAUGCUGUGUGUCACACUCUGCAACCUCUGGCCCCCAAGACCGAGAGCUGACAGAUGCACGUGGAUCUCGUUGUGGAGUAAAACAUCUAACUCUGACAUGGAGCUCAGAGGCCUCGAGAAGCAUUUUUAAACGACAUUAAAAACGUAACGCUAAUGGCACAAGAUACUGAAAAACAGUGGGACACGUUGCAAGAGCCAAAGAUGUCCAUCUGACGCAGGUGUACAUAGAUCUAUAAUAAUAGAAUUUAUAAAAUGGUGCAGACUAAAGAACACGUCCCGUGUGAACGGCCCAUGAUUUGCACGACACACAC